GAAUUAGAGGGGAUAGAGCGACCAAAGGAGGAAGCAGGGCAUUCCGCUUCAGUCUCUGUGCCUGUCUCUAUCCACUCGUCCGCAUCGCGAGGUAGGUCAGUCACACCUCGAAGAAGAAUCAACACUUUUGCGACCCUCCUCCUGCCACGUGAUCCAAAGUACAGGGCCACCUGUAUCCAUUUCUCUCUCUGCAAAGCACAGGGGGAAGCCGGCAAAAUUUCUUUCCUUGAGGAACUUGACAGGGAACCGUCAGACGACGAGAUGGGUAGCGGAGCGAGCGCAGAGGAUAAGGAAAUGGCCAAGAAGUCCAAAGAGCUGGAAAAACAGCUCCAGGAAGAUGCCGAUAAAGAAGCAAAAACGGUCAAACUUCUGCUGCUGGGUGCUGGUGAGUCAGGGAAGAGCACCAUUGUAAAACAGAUGAAAAUUCUCCAUCAAGGUGGUUAUACAAAAGAAGAACAAAUGGAGUUUCGAUCUAUUAUUUUUGGCAACAUCCUGCAAUCUGCUCUGGCCAUCAUCAGAGGCAUGGAGAUGCUGGAUAUCAACUAUGGGUCACCAGCAUCACAGGAGGACGGUCAGAAGCUCCAGAAUCUGUCUGACUCCAUCGAGGAGGGCACCAUGCCCCCAGAGCUGGCAGAUGUCAUCAAGAGGCUAUGGAAGGAUUCGGGUGUACAGGCCUCGUUUGAGAGAGCUGCUGAGUACCAGCUGAACGACUCCGCUGGAUACUACUUGAGCGAAAUGGACAGAAUCUGCAAACCCGACUACCUCCCCACUGAGCAGGAUGUGCUGAGAUCUCGAGUCAAGACUACUGGUAUCAUCGAGGAACAGUUCUCCUGCAAAGAGCUCCAUUUCAGGAUGUUUGAUGUGGGUGGCCAGAGGUCCGAGAGGAAGAAGUGGAUUCAUUGUUUCGAAGGUGUGACUUGCAUCAUCUUCUGUGGAGCCCUGAGCGCUUACGACAUGGUGCUGGUAGAAGACGAUGAAGUGAACCGCAUGCACGAGAGUCUCCAUCUCUUCAACAGUAUCUGCAACCACAGGUUCUUCGCCACAACUUCCAUUGUGCUUUUCCUCAACAAGAAAGAUCUCUUCCAGGAGAAGAUCAAGAAAGUCCACCUGAGCAUCUGUUUCCCUGAAUAUGAUGGUCCAAACACAUAUGACGAUGCCAGCAACUAUAUCAAGGCUCAAUUUCAAGAUCUGAACAUGAAGAAGGGAGUGAAGGAGAUCUACGCACACAUGACCUGUGCCACGGACACAAAGAACGUCGAGAUCGUGUUUAACGCUGUGACAGACAUUAUCAUCAAAGAAAACCUUAAGGACUGCGGUCUGUUCUAAACACUCUCUGCUUUUUCAAAGAUCUUUCUGCCCCAUCCCCACCUGCAUGAUUGGAUUUACUCUGGUGAAGUUGCCACAGUAACAAAAGAACAUCCACAGGUGGCAUGAAGGUGAACUCUACAGCAAGCAGUCAAGUGUGGUCAGCGGAUCCCCAGCCAAAGAACAACUUU